CCAAAUUUUCAGUGGCAAGUGGAAAAUAUGAUAUAGAAAGAAAAGAUAGAAAGGCCAAAAGUAAUUUAUUAGGGGCUGAUAGAGUAUAAUUAAUGAAAAAGGAAACAUUGCUCAUCCCGAGGCUCACUUGUCGUCGGCCAUUUCUCCCAUGCGCCUCCUCUAACAGACCUUUCCAGUGCAUCAACAGAAGCGAUGCCUCCAAAGAAGGAUAAAAAGCCUACUGCUGGCGGAAAGCCAGCAGCUGGGGCAAAGCCAGCUGCUGGGGCUAAACCAGCUGCUGGGGCUAAACCAGCAGCUGGAGCGAAGCCAGCUGGUGGUGCCACUGGUGGUUCAAAGCCAGCUGGUGGUGCCGCUGGUGGUUCAAAGCCAGCAGGUGGUGCCACUGGUGGUGCCAAAAAAGCUGCACCAAAAGCAUCAGGUGCUAAGCCUGCCACAGGAGCUAAGAGACCAGCAGGGGCUGGGGCUAAGGGACCUGCAGCCAAGAAGCCUGCAAAUGAUGGAGCAACUAAAAAGGCAGCACCCAAGAAAUCUGGAGCAAAGGGGCCAGCAGGAAAGGGACCAGCUGCAAAGCCUGGAGCCAAAGGAGCUGCUGGAAAGCCUGGAGCCAAAGGAGCUGUUGGAAAGCCUGGAGCCAAAGGAGCUCUUGCUAAGAAGCCAGGAGCAAAGGGAGUUGGAGCCAAGGGGGCUGUAGGCAAGAAACCUGGAGUAAAAGGGGCUGUUGCUGGUCGUCCCAAAGUUGGAGUUAAGAAAUUGACUGUUGCUGCCUCUAAGGACAGAAAAUUAAAGAAAGGUGGCAAAUUCUCCAAACCAGCUGUUAGGAAAGCUAUGAAAGUCUCGCUGAAGGUUGUCAAGGGAACGCAUGGAACACGUGUAAAGAAAAUCAGAACCUGUGUUCGUUUCCGUCGCCCCAAGACCCUGAGAAUUCAGCGUCGCCCCAAAUACCCUCGCCGCUCUGUACCCCGCAAGAGCAAGUUGGAUUCCUUUAACAUAAUCAAGUAUCCCCUGACCACUGAAUCAGCCAUGAAAAAGAUUGAAGAUAACAACACCCUGGUCUUCAUUGUUGAUCGUCUUGCGAACAAGUACCACAUCAAGAGUGCAGUCAAGAAGCUCUAUGAGAUUGAUGCUGCACGUGUGAACACACUCCACCGACCUGAUGGACUGAAGAAGGCAUACGUGAAGCUUGCACCCGACUAUGAUGCUCUUGAUGUUGCUAACAAGAUUGGUAUCAUCUAAACAUUGUGGUUAACAUUAAAGAAAAAAAAAGAC